AUGGAGUAUCAAGGACCUCUCACCAAGGUCGGUCUUAAAUGCAUCAACACCCCCGGGCUGGGUGAGAAACUGGCGCCUCUCUACGGCAUCUCGAGUGCCAUUGUCAUCCCUCCCAACGCCACCUUGUUCGAAACCAGCGGCCAUACCGGCUGCAACUUGGACAUCGAGUAUCCCGAAUCCCUCAAGGACGAAAUUCUACAAGCCUUCCAAAACGUCGAAAAUACCCUGAUUGCCGCCGGGGUGCCAGGUGGAUGGCAAGGCGUGUACAAGAUGACUUCGUACCACGUGGGAAGCCUGGACGAUGCUGGAGAAGGGUUGGAAGCGGCCAUGGCAAAGUACCUCAAAGACAACCGAAUCGCAUGGUGCGGCGUUUCCGUUGCCGGCCUCUCUGGCCCGGCUAGAAUUGAGAUCACGGUGUCGGCGGCCAAGGGGCCAUGA